AGUAAUUUUAGAUAAAUCAACAUUUUAGCAUUAAUUUGGUGUUAUUUGAUUUAAAACAUCACACUUUACCUUAUUAAGUGUAAAGUUUAAGUUGGAUACUUCAAAUAUCUGUAGCACUUUUGGAAAACAUUAUUCCGUUUAAGUGAAAGUGUCGGAGGGGCGUAGGUGCAUGUGUGCGUUUGAUGGAAGAGGAGGCACUUUGACCGAGUGAAAAGUGGCAAAACCCAAAUUUGAAAAAUUAUAUUCCAAAGAUAGCAGGAAAUCUUCAUGGUAUAAAGAAAGCGGAUUGUCCAAAUGUUGCGCAAAGAACUCCAAUAAAUAAAGGAUAAAUGCGGGCGAAUGUCGGUCUAAUAUUGUCGCAUGAGGCCGGCGAAACCAUUAUGUCCCGGCCAGACUACGAGCAAAAUGCGCUACAUCAUGGUUGUUUGUUGGUGCUGCUGCGUGGCGUAGGACCAUCUAAGCCACGUUCGCUUCAGAAAGCGUUUGAUAAGGUGCGCCGCGUCAGCAAUGUAAAAAUUAAUGACUCCACAGGCGCUACCCGUGAUAUUUGGGUUCGCUACAUACACGAUCAUCCCGUAGAGAACAACGACUGGGGUGAUUUCCAAACUCAUCGUCGUCUUAUAGGUUUAAUAACUAUUGGUAAAUUCGAAAGCCAAACUGAGUUAAAUGAGCUUUGUAGACAACAUGAAUCGCUGAAAGUCCGCUACAGUGGUACACUGUAUGACUCACGUGCAAUAUUCUUUGGACCAUCGCCAGCCAACCAUGUUGAUAAAGUGAAUUCAGCUGGUGAAGACCACCAAGGUGAAGAUACUACCGCUCCACAAGUCAAUGAUAACGUCAAUGUCAACUGUAACGUAGAUAAACAUUGCAUGCGAUUGCAAGAUGAAUAUACGACGCCAUCUAAUUUUAAGGCGCAAGCGUUUUUCUACCGUGAACAGGAUUCUUGUGACGAUUUAGAGCCGCAUAUUGCUGAGUUCGUACAUGCACUUUUUUGGGUUCUGGAAUGGAAACGUUUAGAUAGAUCGCGGGAAAAGGUAGAAAAAGUAAGCUUAUUGCUUGCACCAAAAGAGAAGCGAGACUUUGUCGGAAUCGACAUGGAAUCGCGCAGCAAUCGUAAACGCUGUGUCGGCAGAGUUACCAAAAAUUUGGCUGACUUAUCGCUGCAAGCUGGACUCGUAGAGUAUGCAUUAAGCCAUUAUCAUAGUGCUUGCGAAACUUUGCGUGCCAUUGGUGAUGCGUUGUGGGUAGCUGCUUGCGAAGAAGGAUUGUGUUCAGCAUCGGCGAUACUCCUGUAUCCACAUUUGCGAGAAAAUGAGCCACUUCAUCGGAACUCUUCUCUGCAGGAUGGCGCUUCGCCUUUGCGUGCCACGCCGGAAAAAUGGCGGGCUAGUGAUAUGACUGUAAAAGUGAAUACGCCCGAGCAACAACAUAACUCGUACGCUGAUGGUCACGCUGGCACUCCAACAGUACAGAUGACAUCCGCAUCCUCAUCGUGUUCUUCAGUAUCUUCCAUUUCAACGAAUUCAUCGACAUCAGGUACGCCGACAUCAUCUUCUACGUCGACCAUAUCGGCAGCACAGCAUGGCACUCGUACUGCGGAAUUACCGGGCAACAUAUUGAAGCCAGAUGAACUGCCUGGCUACUAUAGACGUGCAAUUAUUAAUUAUAGUAAUUACGGACAUGCCGCAGUCAUAGAGACGGAGGCGGCGUUGAAGGCAGCUCGAAUUUGUACAGAACAAAAUCGGCCGCUAGAUGUUGCCAUGUUUUUGCAAAAUAUACUCUACCUAAAUGUACGCAUGAGCGAACCCGAUCGUGUGAAGCGCUUCGAAGUGAUUACCGAUCUAUAUCACCAAAUCGGCUAUCGACGCAAGGCUGCCUUCUUUCAGCGUCUAGCAGCGCUCAAAUUUGUACAACAAGGCAACCCGAAUCCCGAUUGGUCGCAAACAUACCGUCUAAUGUUGGAAAGUUUUUCCGGUUACUCACUUGCCCUUGACCCCAUGGAGGUGAUCGAUAAUGCUGCAGGUUGGCCAGCGCUACAAAUAGAUCUGUUGCAAGGUGUUAUCGCAGCAGCUCGACGUUUGGGGCCAUCAGCGUUGGCCACGCGGCACAUGACUUUUUUGUUACAAACGCAAUGGGCGCACAUGACACCAACGGAGCAGAGUGAUAUGUGUGUGCAAUUACAAAAUUUAAGUGCGCAAUGUGAAGGUUCACCAGUGCCUUUGGUGCUAGAAAACGGCACUGUUAUACCGCCAGCAAAUCUAACGGAUUUGCCGUAUUGCAUGGACUUGGUUGUUCGGGAUUUGCCGGCGCAUUUACGUCCGCAGAGAAUCAAAAUCGUGAAAGCAGACAGUGGACCUUUCCUAUUCACGCCAAUACACCUGAACUCAAUAGAUAGGCGUGAAAAGAAACGAGAAAAGAAUAAAAUAGCCUUCUUCUGGGCACAAAACAAUCUGAGUGAAGUAACUUUACGACUACGCAAUCCUCUGCCAUUCGAGUUGACUGUCAGCGACAUGCGUCUACUUACCAAUGGGAUCGUGUUCGAAUCGCUGCCACAAACCGUAAUUUUGCAACCACACGUCCCAACAACUGUCACUUUGCACGGCACACCAAUCGAAGUGGGACAAUUGGAGGUGCAAGGAUACAGCACACAUGCGCUCGGAGUCAAAUCCAAUUGUCGUUUGAAAAAUAUGCGUGGUCGCAAAUUUCCACCUAACUACUUAAUAGAUGUGAUACCAGCGCUACCACGCAUUUCUGUCAAGACGUCGUUGCCCCAAACGGCAACCUUUAGUCAGCUGGCUAGCUCGGACAUUGUCAUUACAUCUGCCAGCUUAACGCUAUACAAUGGCGAAUCAUCAUCUUGCAUCAUAACCAUCACCAAUGAGAGCCCACUGCCAGUGGAACAUUUGGAGUUAAGUUUUAACUCGAAUGUAGAACAGGAGGUGCAAAAAAAAAUCUUCAAAAUCGAUGAAAAAGAGUUGCAGUUGAAACUUCCAAUUCAACCCAACAGCUCAAUUGAUUUUAUGGUGCAUAUUUAUGGCGAAGCUGAAUUUGUAUGUCCUAUAGUUAGUCAGCAUGCUGGUUCGGUACAUUCUAACAGUACAGUAACGGCUGCAUUGCAAGCAGAUUAUGCCGGUGCUGCUACCAUUAGUGGUGGUCCACAUUCUUUGCAGUACUCAACGCUCUCAUCAUCAGGUCACGCAAGUUUGCCGUCGCGCGUUGGUUCGCCUAAUCAACAACUACAACAACAAUCGGCAUACAGUAGACGUAAUGAUCCCAAUAAUUUGAGUUUUCGUUCUCCAACAUCAGGUGGCACCACAACGUGUGGCACGCCUUCAUUAGCGGCGCUUAGUUUGCCAGCGGCUGGUGCACAAGGUGCUCACGGCUACGGGCAGCAUGUUGAAGCGCAGUUUCGGAUAAAAUAUUCGGGUGGCGAGGGUAUGCAGGAGGGCUACUGCCGUCAAUGUGCAAUAUCUUUUAAUCUGGAGCUGCUGCCAAGUGCACAAAUAACGAGCUGGGAUGUGUUGCCUGCAGAAAUUCCCUCGCAAUUUUAUUUGGUGUUAGAUGUAUCCAAUUUAACUGCUCAAGAAAUGUCACUCAACUAUACUAACAAUAAAAGUAUACUGAUCGAGGCCAAAGAGAGCUGCCGGGUGCCCAUACCAGUCGAUCGUUGCUCACUCGAGCAGGUGGUGGCCGCGCGCGAAGCAGAGUACGCCGAGAAUAUGGAAAAAGAAAAAAAAUUUGGUAUUUAUUCUCCAGACCUUUGUUACCGCACACAAUUGCUCUCGUUUAGCGACAGUAUUAGUAAACUAUGUUCGGAGCACAUAGCAGAGCGCGUUAAAAUUAGUUGGCUGCUCACCGGCACCGAUAUACAGGGUAUAGCGUCAUUGCACGGCAUCGUACUCACACCUGCAAUGAUUGAUUUGACAACCGUAUCGCCACUGCAGUGGACGGUCUCCUUUCAAAAUACUCCCGUCCAACCACAAUCGGAAAUCGUAUGCGCUGCUGGCCAAAGCGCUGUGCUCAAUGUAAGUGUUUCCAAUCAGUCGGCGCAACCGUUGCGUAAUCUCGUGCUCACCAUUAAAUUCUAUCAGGACUACCUGAAUGGCAUGGAAAAUUAUAAUUUAGAUACACGCGUUGCCAUAUCCGGUCCGAAUAGAGUUUCAAUACCACUUCUCCAAAAACACGCACAAAUUCAACACGAAUGCACAGUGAUUUUCUUUACGCCCGGACGCUUUAAAGCAAGCAUACAAUGCUGCUCGAAGCCACAAUCCAAAGUAGGACAACCAGCUGGUGGCAUUGCCCAAGCGCUAGAUUGCAGCGCACCCGCAUUGCAAAUUAGCGACAUCGUAGGCAGCACGUCCAGCUAUCAUGAACAACAAGAGCAUGUAUGGAAAUUUAUACCCCCCAUUGAGGUUACUGUAAUCGAGCAAUAAUGCAACUUAUACUUAGUUAUAAGUUUUCAUAUGCGAGGGUUGUGUCCAAUACAUUGCUGAUGCGUUGUUUGUUGGCUUUGUGCGCUGACUGAUGCGAAACACGCAUAAAGCUUUCGCAUUUACGCGCAAACACCACUGAAAUUAGUACUAUUUCAUUGUUUUGCUCUAAAAGCGAUAUUGUUAAAUACCGAUUGCAGUUCAUUUCCAUUUGUUUUACUUCGUUUUCAAUUAACAAUUAAGUGUGCUCGAUUCCGUAUAGCAAGGCAGUUUUUAUUAAGUUUUAGUUUGUUUAGUUAGUUGGGAUUGAAUUCUGGGGGCUGUGUGAUUGGUCAAAAGGUUGCGAAAAGAUGAUAUACAUAUGUACAACAUUUGCUUUUCACUUGUGUUUGCCGCAUAAAAUACAACGAAGCGUGGUUAUGCAUUAUUUUAUUAAAGUGUUUAUGAUGAAUUAGAAAAAAUCGUGUAUUGCUUUGUGGAGCGAUUUAGCAAAAGAAUUGGUUCUAUUAUAAAAAAUUAUACGUUUCAUGUUCCAGAAUUAAGCUAAAAUGUUUAAAAUUUAAAUCUAUUUCUCAAUUGUUUCAAGUCUCUCAACCAAUCGCAUAGCUAAUUUCCUCUGAAAAAUGUAAUUGAACAUAAAUUUGUUUAGAUACAUAAUAAUUUCGUUUGUAUAUACAUAAAUAUGCAAAGAUGUUUACCAAGGCGUAUUUAACAAGGUGGUGUUGGCCGUAUAUAAG